AUGCUUCUGUCCGUUCCAGUCCCUGAGGGUAAAUAUGAGUUCCUGAUCAUUAUACCGGACAAACCUGGCACACGGGAGCAACGUCUGAAAGUUGCAUUUCGAAGGAGUGGUUCCACUCAAAAACAAUGGUAUUUGGAAAAUGGGCGCGUUUCCAAAGAUGACCAGCCCGAGAACCUUGAUUUCUAUGGCAGCAUAUUCAUUGUUCUAGCCAGCUCCCUCGGUGAAGCACGCGAACAAUUUAAAAGUGAUAUUUAUACAACUUCUGGAGUUUGGGAUAUGGAUAGGAUCCAAAUCUACCCACUUCGAGCUGGAUUUAGGAACCCAUAA